CCAAUAUCCAAUAUCCAGUAUCUAGACAACCAAGAACAGCACAUCAUCUAUACAUUUCCAUUUUUAUGUCAUAUCCUUAUACCAUCCAGGUCCAGUAAGCCCUAAACCGCCCCCCCGAGAAUGCCUCCAAAACCCUACGCCAUCAUCGCGGGCGUUGGCGCCGGCACUGGCGCAGCAGUCGCGAAACGUUUCGCAAAGGCAUAUUCAGUGGUACUACUAUCUCGAAGUACUGACAGUUUCUCGGCAUUGGAAAAAGAGAUUAAUGAUUCGGGAGGUGAUGCGGUUGGAAUUGCGACUGAUGUUGUAGAUGAGAAUGGAGUUGCGAAUGCGUUGAAGAUUGUGGAUGAGAGGUUUGGGAGGGAUGCGAUUUGUACGGCCGCGAUAUUCAAUGCUGCUGGCAAGCUUGCUGUCAAGCCCUUCCUCGAAUUAACGACUGAUGCUUUUCUCGCUCCUCUGGAUGUUAAUGUUAAAGGUGGUUUUCACUUCUCGCAGGCCAUCCUCCCACGCCUGCUCAGAACGGCCGAGUCCUCCAAAACAACAACCUACCCACCGACUUUGAUCUUCACCGGCGCCACAGCGUCGCUUAAAGCAUCGGCGAAUUUCUCCUCUUUUGCCGUCAGCAAAUUCGCUACACGUGCACUGGUCCAAUCGCUGGCGCGCGAGUUUGGUCCAAAAGGUGUCCAUGUUAGUCAUGCGAUCAUCGACGGUAUCAUAGACACUCCGGCGACCAAGGACUAUAUGAAGGACGCUGGGCCGGAUGCCAAGAUUGAUCCGGAGACGAUCGCCGAGACGUACUGGUAUCUACACACCCAGCCAAAGUCGGGAUUCACACAUGAAUUGGAAAUCAGACCUAGCAGUGAGAGGUGGUAGGAGUUUCGUCCAUUGAUCGAACGUGCGGUCCAGAACAACGAUCAAGGCAGGAUAUCAUGAAGGCGUCUAGCUUGUGACAUGGAGCGAAGGGCUUGGAACUGUCAGAAGUGGUGACAUUUCUACCAUAUCCAGGAUCUUGGUGGCGAUAUUUUGCUGAUAGGAGAAUUGACUGCUUGAUGUUCAAUAUGGUCUGUAUCUUCCUUCUGUGUGUUUCUUUGAUUUGGAAGUUUUGGAUGGCGUAGACGAAGAAGCAUCACCUUCAGAGGCACGGAAUGCGGCAACUUGGCCAUCCUCUCCGGCAGUGAAGACGACACCGGUCUGUAACAAGUCAGGGCUGUUUGAAACAAUCGCGACAAUGGCAAUGGAA